UUAAGUUCAAAGACUUGAAGGGUGGAUGGAGUCAUCGAGUAAUCUUGAUCCAUGGGCCAUGGCCAUUGGCUGAACUAUUAUCCCUUGAGAACCAACCACAGCCGUUCAAUUCCCGAAUUCAGUAGCAGAAACAGAAACCAAGCACCGUCCCUUCCAUUCCAUCCAUGCACGCCUUGUCUCCCACCCCAACCCCACACUUUGCAAACCAAUUCUCCCUCGCCCACUUCUCCUCCCUCUGCAAAGAUGGCCGAACCCACGAAGCCAUCAAGUCCCUCACCCAAAUGCACUCCCUCAACCUCCACGCAGGACCCGCCGUCUACGGCACCCUCCUCCAGGGCUGCGUCUACGACCGCGCCCUCCCCCUCGGCCUCCAACUCCACGCACACCUCAUCAAGCGAGGCCCCUCCUUCUCCCAAAACGACUUCGUCCAAUCCAAGCUCCUCAUCCUCUACGCCAAAUGCGGCGCAUCCGACGUCGCCCUCCGCCUCUUCCGCGACUCCCGGGCCCCCAACGUCUUCUCCUGGGCCGCCAUCAUCGCCCUUCAGGCCCGAACGGGCCGCUGCCUCGAAGCGCUCUCCAGUUACAUCAAAAUGCAGCACGACGGGCUCCUGCCCGACAACUUCGUCGUCCCCAACGCCUUGAAGGCCUGCGGGCUUCUCCGCUGGGUUAAGUUCGGGCAGGGGGUUCACGCGUUCGCCGUGAAGACCACGGGCCUCAACGAGUGCGUCUACGUCGGCACUGGGCUUGUCGACAUGUACGGGAAGUGCGGGGCUCUGGAGGACGCGGCGAGGGUGUUCGGUUCCAUGGUUGAGAGAAACGACGUCGCGUGGAACUCCAUGGUCGUGACGUACGCGCAAAACGGGGUCCACGAGGAGGCGAUUAGGGUUUUUCGGGAGAUGAGGGUGCAGGGAGUGGAAGUCACUUCGGUUGCUUUGUCGGCGUUUCUGAAAGCGUGUGCGAGUUUGGAGGCUGUGGGAGAGGGAAGACAAGGGCAUGCCCUUGCGGUUGUGGCGGGGUUGGAUUUGGACAACGUGUUGGGAAGUUCGGUUUUGAAUUUCUAUUUCAAGGUUGGUUUGGUGGAUGAGGCUGAGGUGGUGUUUGGGGGCAUGGUGGUGAAGGAUGUGGUGACGUGGAAUUUGGUUGUGUCCGGUUACGUGCAGUUCGGGAUGGUUGGGAAGGCGAUUGAGAUGUGUCGUAUGAUGAGGGAGCGGAAAUUGGGGUUUGAUUGUGUGACGUUGUCUUCUUUGUUGGCUGUGGCUGCUGAUACGAGAGAUUUAGGAUUGGGCAUGGAGGCGCAUGCUUAUUGCGUUAAGAAUGAGUUUGAGUGUGAUGUGGUUGUUUUGAGUGGGAUUGUUGAUAUGUACGCGAAAUGUGGGAGGAUGGAUUGUGCUAGAACGGUUUUCGGCGGUGCCGGGAAGAAGGAUGUUGUGCUGUGGAACACAAUGCUGGCUGCUUGUGCUGAGCAGGGUCUUAGUGGGGAGGCCUUGAGGUUGUUCUUUCAGAUGCAGCUCGAGAGCGUGCCUCCGAAUGUGGUUUCGUGGAAUUCGGUGAUUUUCGGUUUGUUCAAGAGUGGUCAGGUUGAUGAGGGGAGAAGGAUGUUUGCAGAGAUGUGCUCCUCUGGUGUUAUGCCGAAUUUGGUUACAUGGACGACGGUGAUGUCUGGUUUGGCUCAGAAUGGACUUGGAUAUGAUGCUGUGGUGGUUUUCAGGGAGAUGCAGGGUGUGGGAAUGAGGCCUAAUGGAAUGAGUAUAGCUUCUGCACUCUCGGCUUGCACGAGUAUGGCAUUGUUGAAAUAUGGAAGGGCGAUUCAUGGGUAUGUGUUGAGGCAUGAUAUGUUUCGGUCUGUUCAUGUCAUUACCUCUGUAAUGGAUAUGUAUGCUAAAUGUGGGGAUUUGGAUGAUGCAAAGUGUGUUUUCGAUAUGUGUUCGACAAAGGAGUUGCCUGUGUACAAUGCAAUGGUGUCUGCAUAUGCAUCACAUGGUCAGGCUAUAGAGGCUAUUGCACUUUUUGAACAAUUGGAGAAAGAAGGGAUAGUGCCAGAUCAUGUAACCCUUACUGGUGUUUUGUCAGCAUGCAGCCAUGGGGGAUUGGUGAAGGAGGGCAUAGAGGUUUUCAAGUAUAUGGUGUAUGAACUUGGAAUGCAACCGAGUGAGGAACAUUAUGGUUGUUUAGUCAAACUUCUUGCCAACGAUGGCCAUUUGGAUGAAGCUCUUAGAACUAUUUUGACAAUGCCUAACCCUCCUGAUGCACAUGUAUUAGGAUCUCUGCUUGCGGCCUGUGGACAAAAUCAUGAUGUUGAGCUUGCAGAUUAUAUAGCACAAUGGUUGCAGAAAUUGGACCCAGAUAAUUCAGGGAACUAUGUGGCUCUUUCAAAUGUAUAUGCAACAGUAGGAAAAUGGGAUAAGGUGUCAAAUAUAAGGGGUUUGAUGAAAGAAAAGGGUCUAAGAAAGAUUCCUGGGUGUAGCUGGAUUGAAGUUGGGCAAGAACUACAUGUGUUUAUAGCUAGCGAUAGAUCACACCCCAAAACAGACGAGAUUUAUGUGACAUUGGAUUUGUUGGGAUUUGAAAUGCAUUAAUCAAAACAUUCCCCUUAUAUACAAUAAUAAUCCAACAUCCUCUCCUCUUGUAAAAUGAGUGUCUUGACUUUUGUGAUGUAAUUUUAGAAGUGACUAACAUUCUAGCAAAUUCAUCUUCAGGAAAGAAAGGUAUUACUUUAUCUUCAGAUGGUACGAAAGAGAAAGUAAAGGAACUACGAAGGGAUGUAUUUCCUAACUCGCGAAGUGAUUUGAAAUUGACUGGACACCCCUUUGGCCCUUUCAGAUUUGGCAUGGAUCUAUUUCAGUUGAGGGAAUCCUCCAUCUAAAGUUAUCUCAGGCAUAGCUUACUACAGUUUCAUGUGAUGCAGUUUCGGGUCAAUAUAGCCAUCAAGUAUCAUAUUUAUUUAUUCCGAAAAGCAUUGGUUUUCAGUAGUGACACAAAACAUAGUUGUAAGAACAUAAGCUUGCUUGUAGGGAAAAUACUCACAUUACUAACCCAUAUCUGUCAUAUUUCAAAAGUCAUAUUCAGGUGGAAUAAUUGGUCUCAGUGAAAAGAGUAGAUUAAAUGAAAGGUGGGGCCAGAGGCUCAAGGAAACUGAGAAUGACUAAAUGCAAAACUAGGUGGUUUGUUUCAUGUAGCCGAACAUCAUUACACUCAGAAUGUUUGAACCUCUCCUCGCCUUCGAAAUUCCCCAAAAUUGGAGGGAGGCUAGGGUGUAAUAGAAACCGAAUACAUAUAUGAAGAGGGUUUUGCAUCCUU